GGCUCCUCGGCCCCACCUGCGCGGAGAGGGCGGGAUGCCAGAGCCAGGUGUCCCGGCGCGUUAAGGACCCUCGCGAUCAGACGUCCCUGCACGGGCGCUCACACCCUUAGUCAGCCCGGAACGUCUUUUUGCGGGGAGCCCUAGGAGCAGCCGCGAUGGCCAGCACCAGGAGUAUCGAGCUGGAGCACUUUGAGGAACGGGACAAAAGGCCGCGACCGGGGUCGCGGAGAGGGGCCCCCAGCUCCUCCGGGGGCAGCAGCAGCUCUGGCCCCAAGGGGAACGGGCUCAUCCCCAGCCCGGCGCACAGUGCCCACUGCAGCUUCUACCGCACGCGGACCCUGCAGGCCCUCAGCUCGGAGAAGAAGGCCAAGAAGGCACGCUUCUACCGGAACGGGGACCGCUACUUCAAGGGGCUGGUGUUUGCCAUCUCCAGUGACCGCUUCCGGUCCUUCGAUGCGCUCCUCAUCGAGCUCACCCGCUCCCUGUCGGACAACGUGAACCUGCCCCAGGGUGUCCGCACUAUCUACACCAUCGACGGCAGCCGGAAGGUCACCAGCCUGGACGAGCUGCUGGAAGGUGAGAGCUACGUGUGUGCAUCCAAUGAACCAUUUCGUAAAGUCGAUUACACCAAAAAUAUUAAUCCGAACUGGUCUGUGAACAUCAAGGGUGGAACAUCCCGAGCCCUGGCUGCUGCUUCCUCUGUGAAAAGUGAAGUAAAAGAGAGUAAAGAUUUCAUCAAACCCAAGUUAGUGACUGUGAUUCGAAGUGGAGUGAAGCCUAGAAAAGCCGUGCGGAUCCUUCUGAAUAAAAAGACUGCUCAUUCCUUUGAACAAGUCUUAACAGAUAUCACCGAAGCCAUUAAACUAGACUCAGGAGUCGUCAAGAGGCUCUGCACCCUGGAUGGAAAGCAGGUUACUUGUCUGCAAGACUUUUUUGGUGAUGACGAUGUUUUUAUUGCAUGUGGACCAGAAAAAUUCCGUUAUGCCCAAGAUGACUUUGUCCUGGAUCAUAGUGGUAAGGCAAUUCUUCAGCUAAUUCAUUUUUCCAUCUUUGUAACCCCUGAAAUGAAGGCUUGGGAUUUAGCCACUCAGUUCAUGCACGUUAAGAACCCUGGGCCCUCUCGACGCAGCAAAUCACCAGCUUCAGUAAAGCGGGGUGGCCACUACUCCAGUGCCUAUUCUACAGCCAAAUCCCCAGUUAAUGGAACUCCCAGCAGCCAACUUUCUACUCCUAAAUCUACGAAAUCCUCCAGUUCCUCUCCAACUAGUCCAGGAAGUUUCAGAGGAUUAAAGCAGGCUUCUGCUCAUGGCAGAUCUUCUUCCAAUGUAAACGGUGGACCUGAACUUGACCGUUGCAUGAGCCCUGAAGGUGUGAAUGGAAAUAGAUGCUCUGAGUCAUCAACUCUCCUUGAGAAAUACAAAAUUGGAAAGGUCAUUGGUGAUGGCAAUUUUGCAGUAGUCAAAGAGUGUAUAGACAGGUCCACUGGAAAGGAGUUUGCCCUAAAGAUUAUAGACAAAGCCAAAUGUUGUGGAAAGGAACACCUGAUUGAGAAUGAAGUGUCAAUACUGCGCCGAGUGAAACAUCCCAAUAUCAUUAUGCUGAUCGAGGAGAUGGAAACAGCAACUGAGCUCUUUCUGGUGAUGGAAUUGGUCAAAGGUGGAGAUCUCUUUGAUGCAAUUACUUCGUCGACCAAGUACACUGAGAGAGAUGGCAGCGCCAUGGUGUACAACUUAGCCAAUGCCCUCAGGUAUCUCCAUGGCCUCAGCAUCGUGCACAGAGACAUCAAACCAGAGAAUCUCUUGGUGUGUGAAUAUCCCGAUGGAACCAAGUCUUUGAAACUGGGAGACUUUGGGCUUGCUACUGUGGUAGAAGGCCCUUUAUACACAGUCUGUGGCACACCCACUUAUGUGGCUCCAGAAAUCAUUGCUGAAACUGGCUAUGGCCUGAAGGUGGACAUUUGGGCAGCUGGCGUGAUCACAUACAUACUUCUCUGUGGAUUCCCACCAUUCCGAAGCGAGAACAAUCUCCAGGAAGAUCUCUUCGACCAGAUCUUGGCUGGGAAGCUGGAGUUUCCGGCCCCCUACUGGGAUAACAUCACGGACUCUGCCAAGGAAUUAAUCAGUCAAAUGCUUCAGGUAAAUGUUGAAGCUCGGUGUACCGCGGGACAAAUCCUGAGUCACCCCUGGGUGUCAGAUGAUGCCUCCCAGGAGAAUAACAUGCAAGCUGAGGUAACAGGUAAACUAAAACAGCACUUUAAUAAUGCGCUCCCCAAACAGAACAGCACUACCACCGGGGUCUCCGUCAUCAUGAAUACGGCUCUAGAUAAGGAGGGGCAGAUUUUCUGCAGCAAGCACUGUCCAGAUGGCGGCAGGCCUGGGAUGGAGCCCAUCUCUCCAGGUCCUCCCUCAGUGGAGGAGACCCCUGUGCCUGGGGAAGCAGUCCCGGCCCCCACCCCCCCGGAAUCUCCCACCCCCAACUGUCCUCCUGCUGCCACGGGUGGUGAGCGGGCAGGAACCUGGCGCCGCCACCGAGACUGA